GAGACACGCGGGGCGCCGAGAGGGAUUCACCGAGCGCCCGGGGCAGACCGGGCUCCCGGCCCCGCCCGUGCCCCGCCCGGCGGCCGCAGGAACCCCCGGGCACGGCUCCGGGCACAGAGUCCGCCCCGGGGCGGGCCCAGGUCGGCGGAUCCGCCCGGCCCCGCACCUGCCCCCGGGGCCGCCCCGCCGGAGUCGGGCCGAGCCGCCUCAGGAGCUGCUGCCGGAGCCGGCGCCCGCCAUGGGCGUGGGCUAUGGGGGGAUGCGCUGCAUCAAGAUCCUGCUCUUCAUCUUCAACCUGACCUUCUGGCUGGCGGGACUGGCUGUCAUUGCCUUCGGGCUGUGGCUGCGGUUUGGCGGGCCCAUGGCAGAGUUUGCUACAGACAAAAAGUCCCCGGAGCUUUUCUUCAUGGGACUCUAUGUACUGGUGGGAGCAGGGGCCAUCAUGUCAGCAGUUGGAUUUUUCGGAUGCUGUGGAGCAGCACGGGAGUCCCAGUGCUUAAUUGGAACAUUCUUUGCUUGCCUGUUGGUGAUAUUUGCAGGUGAGGUCACUGCUGGAGUAUUUGCCUUCAUAGGCAAGAAAGUGGCAAUACAGGAAGCCCAGAAAAUCUAUGAAGAUGCUUAUGAGGACUACAUGAAGAACCCAGUGGGGAAGGUCAACAGUACCAUCUACCGCUACCACGUGGCUCUCCAGUGCUGUGGUAAAGGUAAUGUGGAACAACAAACAGGAUUACCUUGUCCAGAGAACAUCCAGCUGCCAAAGAACUGCCUGGUUGAAAUUCAGAAUGUAAUUGAUACUCAUCUGCACUUAGUUGGAAUUGUUGGAAUUGCAAUUGCUAGCAUCACAAUCUUUGGCAUGAUAUUCAGCAUGGUUCUGUGCUGUACGAUCCGUAACUUGAGAGAAAUGAUCUAAAACUGUCACUGCACAACUAUGCCCCAGGAGUUCCAGACUAAGCUUACAAGAAGUGCUCUUCUACCCGAUUUAAUAAUUGUAAUGCAUCUUAAUCAGUGUUUUAACAUACUGAGAGGAAAAUAUCCCAUUAGGUGAUCAGGUGAAUUGUAUUAGUUACAGUAAAACUAAAGUGAACAAAAAAAAAGGAGUUUAAAAUGUCCUUUUUAAUGAAAAAAAAAACAAACAAAGGUGCAUCUAA